UGUCACACCUACAAAAUGGCUUCCAAGAACAAACAACUAAGAAAAGGAAGGAGAAUGAUUCCUCCAUUCACUAGGCUACCCCUGGGCCUCCCGUCAGGUCAAUUAAUUCCUAAAUACUUCAAUAACUAUUAUCCACUACCCUAUCAGCCCCUUCACACGAGCCCAGCUCACAAUCAGCACUAUCCAGCUUACCAUUAUAAUCCUUAUCAUUACCAUACCGGUCCUUUUAUUGGUCCUGCUGGACAGUACUUUGAUCCUAGUGGAUCUUAUCCAAGUCCACAUCAUUCGUACUAUCAACCAGAGGUCUCUCCCCAAUGGAUACAGGCGGCACUACUAAACCCCAUGAUACCCUAUUACCAUCAUCACCCAACCUCUCUUCAAUACCCAAUACAUAAUGUACAUUCUGAUGAUCACUGGGAUACUCCUCAUAUAACAGAACUCUCACCUCCAGACACUCCCCCAGUCCAGUACAGGGCAGUGGGGGUGCAGGCUGAUAGGGGGAACACUCCAGGGGAGGCUGAGGCUGAUGAUGGACUGAGGGAGAGAGUGAAGGGAAAGACAUCUAAACUAUUGGAUCAGGUUUUAUUUGAGAAACUCAUUGAUAGAAGUAUAAGAACUGUUAGUCAACCAGAGAUUGAUAAUAAAGUGAAAACUGCAUCUAUCAAUAUCAUGAACAAAUUAAUAUUUGAAGAGCUAUUGAGAAGAAUAGCCUCCACUGACUAAGACAUUACACAUUCAUGUACAAUACUUAAUGUACUGCAUGUGUUGCUACAGGUAUCUCUAUACAUUUCUAUCACUUUAUUCUGUGUCAUUAUUACAUCACGGAAAAU